AUGAACCGAUGGUCCACUUACCUGUUGGGAUGGACGACCUUCCUCCUCUACUCCUGUGAGACAAAUGGAGGUGACAAGGCUCCAUGUGUCUUUCCCUUCAUCUACAAGGGGUCUGUUUACUUCUCUUGCACCAAAAAAGGUAGCCUUUCACCUUGGUGUGCAACCAAAGCGGUAUAUGACAGACACUGGAAGCCAUGCUUGGUGGAAGAUUACCCACGAUGUAUCUUCCCCUUCAUCUAUCGGGGAAAGUCCUACAGCAACUGCAUCACGGAAGGCAGCUUCUUUGGAAAGCUGUGGUGCUCAGUCACCUCCAAUUAUGAUGAGAUGAAGCAGUGGAAAUACUGUGAAAUCAAUGAGUUCGGGGGGAACUCCCUCAGCAAGUCCUGCAUCUUCCCCUCCGUCUAUAGAAACACCGUGAUCUCUGAAUGCAUUGAGAACGAAGACAACAAGCUCUGGUGUCCAACCACAGAGAACAUGGACAAGGAUGGACUGUGGAGUUUCUGUGCCGACAUCAGGAUCACCUCCUUGUUGCCCGGCUCCCCCUGCCACUUCCCCUUCAUCUACAAAAACAAGAAUUACUUCAACUGCACCCGGAAAGGGUCCAAGGAGAACCUCCGAUGGUGCGCAACCUCCUACGCCUACGACCAGGACCGCACCUGGGUGUACUGCUGA